AUGUCAAAAUUAUACAUUCUAUUCGAGCAUGCGCCGGGCUACGCACUAUUUCGAUUUCGGGAGUUUGAGGAGAUUGGUAUGAACAUUCCGCAAGUCGAAGCAAGUGUCGUUGAUUUAUCGAAAUUCGCAACUGUUGUUAAACUGGUUGCAUUUCAUCCAUUUCAAUCUGGUAUCAAUGCAUUGGACAAUAUCAAUUCCGUUUCUGAAGGUUUAUUCCAUGAUGAUCUACGGACAUUUCUCGACACGAAUCUGCCCAAAGAGAAGAAGCGUGCAAAAAUGAUUCUCGAUGUUGCUGAUUCGCGCGUCGCAUCAAGUAUUAAUGAACUCUUUUCAGUUACUUGUCGACAUACGGGAGUUGUACCCGAACUCCUACGAGGUAUUCGAGUUCAUUUCCCAAAUUUGGUCAAGGGCUUAACCGAUCAAAAUCAAAGCAAACCUCAACUUGGUUUGGGUCAUGCAUAUUCUCGUGCGAAAGUCAAGCUCAAUAUAUCAAUACGUUCUCCAUGCGCAUCUGGUACGGAAAAGUCCUUCACGAGAGAAUUAUUUCGUGUCUAUACCCCAGACUUUAGAGAAUGGUAUGGCUAUCAUUUUCCUGAAUUGAUCAAAAUCAUCACUGACAAUUACACAUACGCACGUGCUGUGCAUUUAAUCAAAAAUCGAAAAGAUUUCUCCAUUGAUCGUCAGGAAGAGUUAGAAGCAAUCACUAUGGAUAGUGGAAAAACAGCAGCAGUCUUCGAGGCAAUGAAGACAACGAUCGGAAUGGAUAUUUCACCGAUUGAUUUGAUCAACAUCGAAUCAUUUGCAAAUCAUGUCAUUCAUUUAUUCGACUACCGAAAAAGUUUACAAGAAUAUCUGAAAAGUAAAAUGGGACAAGUCGCCCCAAAUCUAGCAAUGUUGAUUGGCGAACAAGUCGGUGCACGUCUCAUUGCUCAUGCUGAUAGUUUAACCAAUCUUGCGAAGUAUCCUGCGCCGACUAUUCAAAUCUUAGGUGCUGAAAAAGCGCUUUUUCGGGCGUUGAAAACGAAAGGCAACACACCGAAGUAUGGUCUUAUUUACUAUUCGUCAUAUAUUGGUAAAGCAAAUACACAAAAUAAGGGUCGCAUAUCUCGAUAUCUGGCAAAUAAAUGUGCAAUUGCAUCCCGAAUCGAUUGUUUUUCAGACAUUCCGACUGCUGUGUUCGGUGAUCAUUUGAAACAGCAGGUAUCUGAUCGUCUGACAUUCUAUGAUAAUGGCGAAUUACCACCGAAAAAUGUCGAUGUUAUGAAGAUUACUUUGGAAGAAGCAGAAGUUGAACGUGAACAAAUCUUAGUCAAAGAGAAAAAAACGGCGUAA